GGGCUGUCAAAGCAUUUCAGCAACUUCUCUAUGUAUCUCCGAGUUUCCAAAGGGCCAAUGAAGUCAACUUACGUCUUGGGUUGAUGUUCAAGGUUACCCAAGAAUAUGAAUCGGCACACAAACAUUUGCAGUUAGCGUUAGUGGAUAAUUCUCCAGCAACUACACCUAAGUCAAUAAAUUUUUUUAAGGAGGCGUUCCAAACAAAUGCUUGACGACGUAAAUACCUGUCACCGAGUAUUGUUAUUAUUGUAAG